CACAAUCAAGUCUCCAAAGUGCCGUAACCCGUUCCUGAUGUCGUGUAGUAGAUCCCACGAAGUCGGCUGAGUCAUGCAGCGAUGGCUAACAAUAAAGCGCUGUAUUCCAUAGCUGUGGUCGUCCUCGGUUUUGUGUGCUUCAUAGUGGGAGCGAUAGCCGUAGGCUUGCCAAACUGGGGCUACUUCUAUAGUUAUAACUCUGACCUACAACUGCCGACAUCCUACUUUUUGGUGAACCCGAAUUACGAGCAGGGCUACUUCGGACCAUGGAACAUGUGCAAGAAGAUGUCUUACAACCGGGAGAAAUGCGGCGCAGACGUCUCCAAGUUCAGGCCGUCGGAGGCAGUUCACAUAGCGGGCGUUGUGGCAGCGAUAGGCGUGACGAUCUUAGGAGUCUUCUGCGUGCUAUCCGUACUCCAACUAGCCAUGAUCUCGUCCAAGGAGCGAGUGGGGUUCAAAUACACGCAUUUAGUUAUGAUGAAGUUGGCGCUGGCCUUAUUAGCCGCGUUGCUGUCAAUAGCUGCGGCCGGUCUGUUUGCUGUUCAAGGCGAUGACCGGGGAUUCUACUCGACCAGGGGGGAAGCUUUCUAUGUCCAGAUAGUAUGCAUCGUGAUCAACUCACUGUUGUUCAUAAUGUCGCUUUACGACGCCCUUUUCUCCCGUCGAGUCGGCGGUGACCCGACCAGCGUGGCUGACCCCCCGGACGGAGCCACCAUCAACAAUCCAGGGUUCAAAGAAGCUGGUCGAGGCAUAUCGAUGACUGACGCUUCCGGCAAGCCGUACAGCAGCAACGGGCACGGCAGCGUGGGCUCCGUCACCACGGCCGCCACCACGCUGUCGGACGCCAGCACCAUCACGCGCUCGCCGCUGCGCUCCUCGCUGAAGAAGCCGCGCCCGCCCGCCGGCCUGGGCAUCCAGAACCCUGGCUAUUCGGGUCAUUCACCGCCCCUAAACCGAAAUGGCAGUCAGAAGAAAGUGAGAAUACAAACGCACAGUACUGAAGUAUGAAGUAGAUUAUUAGUUCCGAAAAAUGAUUUAUUUAAUGCUGGUACUCAUAUAAAAAAGUUUCAUUUGAGCUGCGUCCACACUGGUUUUCAAUUUACCUUCCAAAUAGGACCAAUGAACGCUAGUAAGUGCCUUCGGUGGCCAGGUGUGUACGUAGCUUAAUUUUCUUGAACGAAAUCAUGUUUCAUA